AUGGUGAAGAUUAAGAUGAUUUCGCGGUCGCUCGAUGACCACCUUCCCUCCUCGUCGACGGCGCCGCAUCCGCUGCAGCGCAACCUUGCGCCGCACAUGCACCCCUUCGCCAAGCCGAGGGAGUACACGCGUGCGCUGAACGCGGCCAAGAUUGACCGCAUGUUCGCCAAGCCCUUCGUCUCGGCGCUCGGCGGACACCAGGACGGCGUGUACGUUCUCGGCGCGGACCCUCGACGAGCCUCGGUUGUUGCUGCCGGUGGCGGUGAUGGUGAGGUUAUCGUGCACUCGCUCUCGCAGCGCCGCGCGCUCCUCAAGCUCGACGCCCACAAGGGCAUGGUCGGUGGUCUCUGCUGGACGGCCGAGGCGCGAGACGGCAAGCGCGGCCUGAUCACUGCGGGCAAGCUCGACGGACAGAUCAAGAUUUGGCGCUCGCAAGCGUUUGCUCCUGGAAUGACGGUCGAGGAGGAGGAAGAGGAGAGCAUGCUUGACUCGGCUGGCGCUGUCGGCGAGGACGGGUUUGACGAGGACGACCUCGCGAUGGACGACAAGGCGACGACGCGCGGACAAAACCUCGAGCCAUCGCUCGUCAUCAACUCGAAGAAUGGCUUCAACUCGCUCGACCAUCACCGCUCCGAUGGCGUGUUCGCGACGGCGAGCUCGUGCGUUCAGAUCUGGGACGAGACCCGCACGGCGCCUCUGUCCACGCUCUCCUUCGGCGGCAGCAUGGAGACCGUCGCCUGCGUCCGCUUCAAUCAGAGCGAGACGUCCGUUCUUGCCUCUGUCGGCAACGAGCGCACCAUGUGUCUCUACGACGUUCGCACCGGCAAGGCCGAACGCCGCAUCGUCAUGAACAUGCGCAGCAACCAGCUCUCCUGGUGCCCUACCCUCCCCACUGUCAUGCUCCUCGCCAGCGAGGACCACAACCUCUACACCUACGACCUCAGGAACCUCGAGCGCCCGACGCAGAUUUACAAGGGUCACGUCGGCGGUGUCAUGGGCUGCGACUGGAGCCCUACCGGAGAAGGAUUCGUCUCAGGAAGUUACGACCGCACCGUCCGACUCUGGGACCGCGAUGCCGGCAAGAGCCGCGACGUGUACCACACGAAGCGCAUGCAGCGCAUCUUCGAUGUCACCUACACCCCGACGGCCGACUUCGUCCUCUCCGCGAGUGACGACGGCAACGUCCGUGUGUGGAAGAACAACGCGAGCCAAAAGCUCGGUGUUGUUUCCGGCAAGGAGCGCGCAGCGAUGGAGUACCGCCAGAAGCUUGUCGAGCAGUGGAAGUCAGACACGACUGUGCGCCGUAUCGCGGAGCGCAGGCAUAUGCCGCAAAGCGUGCAUUCGGCUGUCAAGCUCAAGCGCGAGAUGCUCGAGGCGCGCAAGGUCAAGGAGGACAGGAGGAGGAAGCACACCAAGGCCGGCCGGGAGAAGCCCAAGCCGGAGAGAAAGAAGGGCAGCCCGUCGGGAGAGCAAAAGGACGUUGACGAAGUCGAUGCUCUCCUGUCCCCAACACCUAUGCGACCUCCGACGCGCCCAGCCUCGGCUCCGAAACGGCACGACAGCACGCGCUCUACCGCUUCUGCCCGCUCCGUUGCCUCCAGUCUGCGCAGCACUCGAUCCAGCGCCACGCUGCGAUUGAAGCAGCAACCGACAGGCGAGAGCUUUGCGCGAGCGUACGACGACCUCUACGCGUCUCUGGACGCGCUCGCCAACCCGUUCGAUGCAGCCCCCCACAAAGCAGCCACUCCCGUGGCGACGCCUAAGGCAAUCGAACCACCGCAAUCAGCAAGAACGCCGAAAUCAAGCACGCCCGUACCGCAAAGGGCGGCAGCAGAGUCGAAAGCGGAAGGUGGCAGUCACGAAAGUUACCCCACGACACCAGCAGGACUUGGAGGGCAUGGGCUGGGCAUCCGUCUGGGUACCGGUGAUGUGGGCGAGAGAUCACUCUUCGGCAUGUCAACGUCGGCGAAUGUGUCUGACGCCGCGACCGUCGCCCGUAGCUUCCCACUGCCGCCAUCGCCUCAUAAGAGCCCAGCAAUGAGCCCAACGGUGAACUCGCCGGUGUCGCCCGCUCCGUCGAAGCGUGGCGCUGGAGGUCUUGCCUCCCCUCUUUCCGUCUCCAGCCUGGCAGGCAGCUUCCAGACUGCUCUGUCCGCGCACUCGCCGAUGAAGCCCUCCCCUGCCGCCCCCUCGCUGUACUCUCGGACUUCUUCUGAGGCUCCGUCAGUCCCCAGCAAGUCUCCCAGCAAGUCCCCGUUGCCGACACGACGUACGACGCCUACUAAGCGUACUGGAUCAGCUCUCAAUGCCCCUGCUCCCAAGCGCUCCUCGCCGACGAACACGCCGAGCAAGGCGCGCGUGUCGAACCUAAUGAAGAUGUUUGAGUCCGAUUCAACGAGCUCCGUUUCGCCCACGCGGCCUGCUCCCGUGGGAGGCAGGGUUUUAGCAGGCAUGAACACUACCGGGAGGAGCUUCCGCACGGCGGGUGCAGCGUCGCCCAGCGGGGCCGUCUCACCAGCCGUCGCUCGAGCCGCGGGAGCUGCUUCUCCUGGCUUUUCGCCUGGUCGCUCCACGCCCACGCGAGUCCCCAGCGCUACGCCGAGCACCCGUGGACGUGGACGGAGUGUUGGAAGGGUCGAGAGCCCGCCCUCGAUGCUCGACGGCCCGCGGGCGAGCUGGCAAGUCCGAAGUGCUCUCCCUCCGCCAGAGCAGCUCGACCUCGGUCCGCUCAAGUACGUCCCGCCGCCGACACCGACGAGGAAGUUGUCCAAGUCGUCGCCAUAUAGUGCGAUGGGAGGCAGCCGCUCGGCGUCGUCGGGUUCGGCGAUUGGCAAAGCCUUGCCAACUAUGCCAGUUGCGGCCUCGCCAGCCGCACACGCUCCAGAUGUCCUUACGGUGUCGCCGAGGGCCGCGUCCGGCUCGAAGCCAGCCACGUCUCCAGUGUCUAACGUCCGCAACAUGAUCGCCGCGUGGCGUGCUCGCUCCUCGAGCUCAGGUGGCCCACCUCCUCCGUCCUUUGGUUCGGCAGCUGAGAGCCUGGUCGCGCAGCAAACCGGCGUGAGCAUGGCGAGUGGCACGAGUACCGGAGCCGCAGGGCUGGGACGGAAGAGCAGCUGGAACAUUAGCAUCCGCCGGCGACGACAGAACGAGCAGCGCAGGGCGGUUGUCGAGGAGGAACCGGAGGACAUCAACGCCGAGCGGCCGCAUUCGCCCCCGAUCACCAUCAGUAGCGGAGGGUCGAAGUCUGCCUCGGGGCAGGGCUCUGACAGAUCACAGACGAGUCUGCCUCCGCGACCGGCGAACCCGUCUCCCCCGUCUGUUCCCUCGGCGCCGUCGGGCCGUUCGUCAGACUGGCAAACGACACAGAGCUCUUUGUCUCCAUCGUCGGACUCAGAACCCACUGGCGAGGUAGGCUGUCUCCGGAUCGCCCCGUUAGCUCACAGCCAGCCGAUCAAAACUGGAAUUUUGUACUACCUGCAGGUGCACGAGAGACCCGCUGAGGAGUUUGCGUGGAUCCGCGUUGACGCGCGGUUGUACGCGGAUCGCCUUAUCCUCAAGCAGCGCCUGUCCAACGGCAUGGAUCACCAGACGACGAUCUUCCUCGACGACUGUGAUGGUGAGUUAUAUGCAGAGAGGGCCGAGCUGACCAGGUCAGAAGUGGCAAGCUCGCCGAGCCCGACUAACAGCCGCUCGGACGACAUCGGGGCGGCGAUUGCGCGCCGUGACCGGGAGCUAGGAAACCAGCUCUACCCUUUCCGUCUCCAAUACGAGGAGGGUCAGGAGCGGCUCGGAUGCGACAGUGCUAUAGAUCGAGUCCGUUGGGUGAGCGCCAUCUGGGGUGUGCUCGAUCGUCUCAGCAGCGCCGCUCCGUCUCGUCCCGCGCCGUCCGUACUCAGCGGAAGCAGCAGCUCGCUGGCAGGCUCAGCGUCCACGCGUCUCACGUUAUCCCACUCUGUUCCCCAGGGUGUGGUCGAUGAUGCGGUUAUCCCGACCGCUGGUGGAAGUGCUGCGUCCCUCGUCCACCGGGACUCGAGGCGGCUCAAGCCGCAGCGCUCUCUCCGGCGUGCGGCGAGUGAUCUCGACCUUCGGGCUGAGCAGACCGAGCAGCUGACAGCCACGCGCUCCGAGCCGUCGACCUUCCUGACUCCGUUAGCCCCCAACCCGCCCACGAUCGCGACGUACCCAGCCUCAACCCUUCCCGGCGCAACGAUCGCGACAUUCCCCGAGUCUCAGCGUACACUUCAGCCUUACCCGCUGUCCGAAGGCACGACCGCGCCCACAGUUCAUGCGGCGCCCACGAUUCCGCCCUUCGAGCCCUCCGAGCCAGGCGCAGCUCACGAGGAUGCUGUCUCGGAUAUUGGCCCCUCGAUCUCGGAGUAUGCCGCCCCCGCAUCUCGUGGCACGCGACAGGACAGCGGGUCCGGCUACGCGGCUUCGGCGUCAACGGUAGCGAGCUCGAGUCUCAAUGCUACUGCAUACUCGGGCACAAUGGAGAUGGAGACAAUCGACGUGAAUCGUCCCAUGAGCUUCCCACUUUCGGCGCCGAGCGAGAUCGUGAUCCCGGGUGCCACUUGGCCGCCGGAGUCUUCGCGUCCAACUGGCUCUGGAUCAGCCUCAGCCUCCGGCUCCGGCCGAUCAGGCGGCACCUCACCACCAGAAUACACGAGCGAGCCGUACGAAGGUCCUUUCCGAGAGGUAGCGAUGUUUGCUCUGCCGGCACAGACAACGGGGACUGACGCUGGGUUCACGACGGCGACAGGCGCUACCGGCACUGAGGCUGGGUUCACGGAGGGUUCGAGUGGCUUGCCGUCUGUUGCUGGCGCCAGCGGAGAGAAGCGCUCGCUUCGCACGCAGGUGACUGCGACGAGCGAGUACAGCGGCUGGGCGUCUGGCGACUCCUCCGACGUCAGUCUGCUUCCGGUGGUGACCGCGGAUGAGUUCACCUCCCCCCGCCCCGGAUUCCUGCAUGAGUCGGGUUCUCCGGCUUGGUCGAGCACAGUGCGCGGGCAGAGUGCUAGCGGAACCUCCAGCCCGCAGCGCAUCCACGCCCAGUCGCAGCAAACAUCGGCGACCGCUACACCUAGGAGGUGGCCGCGCGAUCUCCCCGAGGGAUCGAUGUACUCUAGCGCUCCGGAGGCGUAUCUCAGUACUCAGGAGACGUAUCCGAACGAGAAACGCAUCAUAAGCUACGCCAACCUUCCACCUCUACCGCCGUCGGACUCCGAUCCCAGCUCCAGUUCCAGCAGCUCCUCGGGAUACAGGACGUCGGCAUCGCAUGCUACGUCAAGGCCAGCGUCGCAGUUGUCCCGCUCUGACGCCGUUUCCCGUCACCUGACCGGCAGCUCAACUCCAUCCAACCGUUCAGCCCAACGCUCAACGCCGCAGCCUUCCUAUAUUUCGUCACCGGCCAGCGUCCACUCCACCCAUCACAGCAAUGUCUCCACCCAUCCUCGCACUUAUCCUUCUGAGCCUGGUUCUGAGCACUCGCCUUCGUCUGGGAACAGCUCCUAUCACUCGGGGACCAGCUCCCACCACUUUGCCAUUCACCCCAGGCCGAACUCUCCCACCGGCCCCGCUUCGCAGCACUCUGACGUAGGCUCUCAGCAUGUGUCCAGUCCUGGUUCCCAACACUCAGGCCCGAGCUCUCCUCAUUCUAAGCCGAGCUCUCACCGCCCCGGUUCGCCGUCUGAUCGGUCAACGCCGAGCUCCCGUAACUUUGUCCCACGAAGGGCGCCGCCUCGCGAGCCUCAGCUGCACCAGUAUUCGAUCCAAGUCGAAGUGCCCCUUCCCAAUCCACGAGGUGAUCCCUCAGGCUCCAGUUCCUUCAGUUCGCGUGGUCAUCAUGGCCCAUCACAGUCUUCAGGAAGCCACACUGGCACUGGUAGGACUGAUGAGGCGGCCGGGGAUCCCAAAUCCGAGAAGCCUCGUUUGUCCUCGACUUCCUCAAGUGCGCAGACGAGUGCAAGUCCGCUUAUGGGACGGUUAUUGCGCGAUGAUGGACCUGUCCUUCCGGCGUCGACCCCAACUUCGGUCUCGUCACCUCGGCCCCAGCCCAUCACUGCCUGGGCGGCUGGCAUCCGGCCUCCUGCCUCCGAGGCUGGUAACCAGAGCUAUUACACGGACCCCGCAGACCCUUCCUCCGCCUCCUAUGCCACCGGCGUGGCACCUCCUACCUACACAGCCCGCUCCACGGCUUUCACCACCGUCCGCGGUGGACCCUCGACCGCCGGUGUCUCCCUCACCGCCACGGGGCGUACCUCCAUGUACGCCACUGCUGGCACGGCAGAGUCCUCUGCGCUGUCCGACCUGCAGCAGCCGAACCCGCCCUUCUCCGCACCCAGCCACGCGGCAUCAGAUCCGCUGUCGCCGUUCGGCACGCCGCCGUUUGUUUCUGCUGUUCCCGUCUCGCCAGGUUGGAGCACACACCGCGGUCUGCCGUCAUAUGCGCCGAGUGAGGCGUCCGUUCUGCCGAGUAGGCCGUGGAGCGCUCGCGGAACGACGCCGUCCCCUCCUGAGCAGCAGCUCCGCAGCACGACUCCAAUGAGCAUUGCGGACGUCAAUGUCGCCGAUCUCGAGCGCAUGUCGAGCGUGGGGUCGAGCGCGAGCCGUUUGACUGAGAUUCCCAACCACCCCAGCUCUUCAGACGGGAGUGGCACUCAGCAGUCAAGCAAGCGAUCGGUGCCCAGCGACCCGAGGGGGUAUCGCACGGCGAGCAUGCACGAGAGUUAUGCUACUGGAACCGUUGCGUACACAACAGCCGAGGGCACGCGGUACCGCUCCGUUGGAAGUACACCAACUCCGCAUACCGCCAUGUCCCUUCCGUCCACCAUCGCAUCCACUGUGACUGCCAUGCCGCCGUCUACGACGAGCAUUUCCAGUAUCCCCUCCACAUCGACGGAGACGGUGUCAAGUGUUCCAAGCUGGGCUCAGCGUCGACCCGAUUAUGCUGACGUUGAGCGCUUGACAGAGACGUCAGCGCCCACGAGCAUUCCCCCACCGUCGAGCGUAUCGACGCUGCCAGUGAGCUCGAGUGCGCCGUCGACGUUCCGCAACGUGAUUCCCAGCACUCUCCGCACGCAACCCGGCAGUACGCAACAACUGAGCUCGUCUGUCCCAUCGACGAAACAGCGCACUGUGUCCGGCUCUACUUCAGCGACGCACGCGUCAAGCUCUCAAUCGUCUGACAGCAGUUCCGAUGCCACGACCGCUCUCCUCCGUCCGUUCCUCAACCAUGGCCGAGGUGAUGUGGCAAUGAGCAGACUAGUAAACCGUCUUCUGGCCUACGAGGACGUGCGUGAUGCACAGGCAAUCGGCAUGCGCUCGCAGCUUGAUCGUAUGGAGAAGACCCUCAACAACGUCGCAACUCGGGAGCCACCAGUGCGCGAGGUCAUCAUACGGGAGAUCGAGCGUGGUCCGCCUCCAGUGCCAGCGAAGGAUGAACCGAGCGAAUCGCCGUCGUCUUCUUCGUCUUCGUCGACUUCGAAGUCAUCGUCGUCAACUGCCACUCCGGUGAAGAAGAUCCCUCGCAAGCCUCCUCCGUCGCUACCGUCUGACUCAGAGACCGAGUCGCAGGGUUCCUACACCGUGGCGGACACCGGUAUGGCGGACGCUGAGACGUCGUCAGUGCAUUCAGACAGUUCGGAGGAGACGGCGAUGCCGACCACGCCUCAAAUGGCAAGCAUUAAUCUCGACAUCACUUCGCGGCUUGACCACAUGGACAGUCUCUUUGGCAAGGUGCUAGGCCAACAGCAGAUGUUAAUGGAUGAGCUCGAUCGCCGCGAUCCCUCACGCUUCGAGCAACUCCUUGCUCGAGUUCUGGCCAUGCAUCUUGGCGGCAGCGGCACCAGCAGCCCGACGUCUACCGUGCGCUCGCUCUGGCCCGAGGGCGACUUCUACCCCGGUGCAGGCACUGUCUCCUCGAAAGACGACCCUCGCACUCCCCACGCUAACACGGUCGCCAGUCUCGGCUCCAGCUCGCUGUCCUCGCAGUACCAUUACGACCCAUCCGCAGAUCCAGAAUUCCGAGAUAUGCCUACACCUCUCGGCUCGGAAGUCACUCCUCCUUGGAUGCCGCCGCCAAUGGAACUGCCCGACAGCGUCGUUAACAGGUUCCGGCAGAAGGGUCAGCCCAAGCAGAAUCAGCCCCAGCAGUCUCAGCCUCCCCAGCAGACUGUCAUAUACUACCCGCAGCAGCACACUGUGCCCGGCGAGUACCCACGCCAGCCCUCGCCUCAAGAGAGCGUUCCCGAGCAUCUGCGGGAUGCUGACUCGAAUGAUGGCCACGGUGAGCGCGACAUUCGCCCAAUUCCCUUCACCAUUGAGCGGGAGCCGCCGCGCGCGCGUGAGCGUCCUCAUAACGCGCCCACGUUUGACUCGGACGAGCGCAACAACAUCUACCGCGGCCCGACGCCGCAGGAGGACUUGGGUCUGCCUACGCCUCCGCAGGACCGCCGGUGGAAAGACCGUGAUCUUCCACAGGUGACGACCGCGCCGCCUGUCUUCAACCCCGGACCUGUUCCUGGCUCCGCCCCGCUUCCCGAUUUGGCGCCCGGGUCUGCCUUCGUCCAACCUCCUCGUGCCCAGACAAUGCCGCCUGGUCCUGUUCCGGCUCGCGGUACCCCAGGCUUCGUUCCUCACAUGCCUACCUCAGGUCUCCGCAAUUCAUAUCCGUCGGUGAACCCCCUCCGCACGCCCGCUCGCACCCCCAUGACGACACCGUGGAGGCGUGGCUUCGGCCCAGGUUGGCGGCCGCCAAUGGUACGCAACAUGGGUGUGAUGCAACCAGGCCUUCGUCCUGGUAUGUUCCCCGGCGUACCCGUUCGCCCUGGGGUCCCCGGUGGUCUUCACCGCCGCUGGGGUAGUGGGUUGGAUGCUGUAGACGAGCACCGCUCAUCUCACGGCUCUGAUGCUGGCAGCGUCUCUUCCUCGAGCAGCAAGACUACCAAGUCGAGCAAGUCAAGCAAGAGUAUCAGCGUUUCUGAGCUGAAGAAGCAGAAUGAGCAGGAACUGGCGGAGAUUGAGAAGAAGCGUAAUGAGCUCGAGAAGGAACAGAAGGCAUUCGAGGAUGCUCAAGCUAAGGAUCUUGCUGCACACGAGGCCGAGGAGGCCGAGAAAGUGCGGGCUGAAGAGAGGAAGCGUAUCGAAGACGAGUCUCGCGCGCGCGACAAAGAGCUCGAGGACAAAUUUGAAGAGAAGCUUGAGGAGGAGCUGGAUAGGAUCAAGAAGUCCCACCUCGAGUCGCAAGCGGCACAGCCCUCUCCCCAACCCCAGCCUGUCACUCCCAUCAGCGCCGCCGCCGUCCCCGAGACUCCCGUGAUUCACAUCGAUGUCCCGAGCCCUCACAGCCACAAGAGCUACCGCAGCUACCCGAUGUCGCGAUACUCCUCGUCAAUCUCGAGUGUCUCCCCCAGCUCAGCUUCCGAGGAGGCGAUCUUGACACCGAACACGAACAACAUUCAGCAGCAGAAGACGGACAUGGACCCGAGCGAGGAGCGAAUGGCGCGCUACAUGACUGGCGUCAGCGAACAGAUCAACAGCCUCUCGGCUCACAUGAAGCGAGAGCUGGACGACCUAAUCCUGUGCAUGAACGACCUCCGCCAGGCGAACCGCCCAACCCGAGUCCAAGCUCGUGUCCUCUCCGAUGGUACAGUGCAGCUCAUGACCGGCGAGAUCGUCGAUGGCAUCCGCGGUGAGAGCCAGCCAGGUGCCGUGCGUAUCACAACAGCCGGCCCGCACGUCCAGGGUCGCGUUCUUCCCGACGGCACUGUCAUGGUAGGCGACAACGAACUUGAAGGCAUCCGCGGGAGCCCGCGCGAGCCCGAAACCAAGGCUGAGGCCGAAGAGGUUGAGAAGCGCAUCAAGGACGCCGUGCAGGACGAAAGACUCUCGCAACUUGAGGAACGACUUCGUGAUAUCCUCUCCGUUACGCAGAGUGUGUACGCUCCGAGCGAGCGCGGUCGCAGUCCGGCCCGCAGCUCGCACACUCACCGUAGCCACCACAGUCAUCACAGUCACCAUAGCCACCACAGCCCGCCCCGCGACCCCAUGGUCACUAAGGAGACCACGACGGACAAGGAGCGCAUUAUCGAGAAGACGCACAUUGAGAAGGACAAGGAGAGAGAUGUUGGGCGGCUUCCGAGCGCACCAGCCGUGCCGACUCCGCCCGCGACCGUCGUUGGUCCGCCCGCUGAUCCGCCAGCGCCGAAAAGGCCCCGUGUCAUUGAGGAGACUCGAGAGCCCGGCAGGCCUGGCAUCGCGCACACCGUGUCAGAGUACGGUGGUGUCAUUCCCGCGCCGAUUAUUCCGUCUGCCAUACCUGCAAACCUCACUCCGCCUGGUCUUACGCGACAGGCUCCUGGUCACGGUAUUGGCUCGGACACGCCGACGACUACUGCCCCGCCUUUGCAUCAGGCCCCCUCCACCGUCGCACAUGGGCUGCCUACACUUAAGGAGAAGAAGGAGAAGCCGGUUUGGAGCACCAACCCGCCUCACUCCAGCCGCCGGAACUCGCCCGCCCAGCCUCACACCAACCUUCAGCCAGAGCCCGAGGUUAGAACUCUCGGAAACAUCCCCACGCAGAGCUCGCCGGAGCAAGAAUCCAAGGCGCCGGGCAAGGGUCCCAGGGCGUCAUCGCCUGAGCCCGAGCUCCACGUCUACGGUAAUAUGGCUAAGGACCCCACUCCAGAGAACACACCGAAGUCAAAGCCGACUAAGCUCCCCACGGCCGCCCAGGAGAAAUCGAAAGACGACAAGCAGCCGAAGGAGGGCAAGAAGAUCGAUGAUGACGCCGCUUCCAAGUCGUCUGGAAUUGACAGGAUGGGAGAAGAGUAUUCGACCAUUGGUAACCUGCGUGUCACGAACCCCGACCCGGCGCCCGAGAAACCGAGCUCGGUACAGUUCGCUGAGCCCGAAGGGAAGAAGGACAAGGAAGGACAGAAGGCCCCCCCGGUGCCUCCUCCGCCCCAGAAGAAUCUCCCCGUUCCUCCUGUCGAGCCCAUUGAUGGCAUUCCUCCCGCGAUUGAUUACUCGAAGGUCAAAGACGGUCAGAAGGAUAAGAAGGCCGACACUAGUAAGGGUAAGGACAAGCCUGCGAGCAUCCUUAAGCCAUCGUCUCCUGAUGCGGUUGAUGGUACACCCGACAAGGCUCCGAGCAAGUCUACCGAUAAGAUCGGCGACAAGCCUGUCGCCGCGAUCGGCAACGUGGCACCCAAACCAGUGGACAAACCGAGUGACAAGCCCGGGAAGGUCGAUGUGCCGAGUCGGCCUACAAGCGCUGCAGGCGAGCCUCCCGCCAAGGACGGUGCUGGGGCCAAGGGUGCCGAUGCUGCUAAGAGCGGUCCUGGACCAAAGAAGGGCAGCGAGAAACCGGUCAGAACACUUGGCAACAUGGCGACAAACGACGGCAAACCCGGUGAUGGGUCUAACAACGACCCCGGAAAGCCAACCGCUCCUCCCGUCAAGUCUGACGAUUCGAAUGCUCAGGUCAAGAAGCCCGAAGAGAAGAAGGAGUCUGGUCGCAUGCCCAUCUACGACCUCGUCACGCUGCCCAACGGACAACAAGGGCUGGUCCGCACGGGCUCGAUCGCCAUGCCGAGCAAGCCCAAACCGGCUCCGGAGUCGACGCAGUCUUCCACCAAAGGAGCAGACGUGCCGGCUGGCGCUACCCAGCCUCCGGGUCUGGGCAAACCUGCACUUGGUGAUAAGCCUGCUGAUGGAGCCAAACCUGGCCCAGGCAAGAUCGAGGAAAAGCACACUGCCGACGUUCCCGCUCUUCCUGUCAAAGACGGCGAUCAACAACCGGCGGGUCCGCCCAGCGAAACGCCCAGUGACAAACAGUCGCGCGUGCUGCCAACUCCCCCUGGUCCAGCUGGUGGUAACAAGCCUCCCUCUGUCACGGCUUCUCAAUCAGCGUCCGCUGCGCCAAAGAGCGACACUCCAGCUAACGACCCGGCCAAGCUGAAGAAGUACUCACCGCCACGCGCUGCUACGCCGCCGGCCGUUCCUGCCGAAGAACCGUCUACUCCGCCGAGCCGGGUUAUGCCGAGCAUGGGCGGACGUACCCCUUCGAUGCACUCUGGUCCACCUCCGUCGAUGCCCUCCGGACUGCAACGCAACAACGGUCGCAGGCCCUCUGGACCGCCGGCUGGGCGCCCCGAGCCCAUCCCGGAGCAUCCCAGCGCCAACGAGGAGUCCGAGCACAUUGUUCCACAACCAGCCCGGCCGCCUGCGGCUGGAAAUGCCGGUCCUUCUGGUUCUUCCUCAGCAUCCAAUGCGGGAGGGAUCGGGGGACCGGGCGGUCCCGGUGGCCCUCCUUCAGGCAAGGGUCCCAGCAAGGCGCCGUCCGUUGUCAGCGGACCGCCGCCAGGCGGACCUCCUGGAGCUGCGCCGCCGCCGAGCGCUCGACCGCCACCCGACCACGCAGGACCUCACUGCGACCACUGUUGCCCGAACGAGCCACGCAAGGGAUACCAGCCGCGCCUUCCUCCGGGAGGACUUAGCUUGCCGGCGCCUCUGGCGCCCUCGGCUGCUCCCUCCAAGGACGAGAAGGCUGAUCAGAAGGAGGAAGAAAAGAAGGAGGAGCCCAAGAAACUGGAAAAGAAGAAGGACGACCCGAAGAAAGAGGAACCGAAGACGAAUAAGAACGCCCCGCCGGGAGCUUCUCCGGCUGCCAAACUCGCCGACAAGCCUGCACGUGAGUUGGACAACCGUUACCGAGCUGACAGCAUAGCUGCUGUCGCCAAGGACGCGGACACCUCGUCUACGCAUACUGUUCACGCAGAGCCUGGACCUGCGCCACCUCCCAACUUGCCCAAGGCCGUUGCCGAUAAAGGCAAAGCCACCGACAAACCCUCCAAGGGAGGGGAGGACAAGGGUAUGGGCGACGAGAAAAAAGGAGGCGAGAAGGCUAGCGACAAGACCGCCGACAAGGCUGCUCCCGCUGCUUCUAGUGUGACCGAGGCGAUGUUUAAGGAGGAGGUGAAGAGGGCCGCAGAGCGUGACAAGGCGGCCGCGGCUCGACGCGCGGAGGAGGCUAAGAAGGCUGAGGAGCGCGAGAAGGCAGCCGAGGCUCGUCACAAGGCGCUUCUCGAGGCUGUCGCGAAGAUCGCGGCCGGUGUUGCGGCAUUGCUAGAGACCGACGACCUGGAGCCCGCCAACGUGAAGAAGGCGAAGGAGGCCGUAACCAAGCGGCGCGCGGAUAAGGCUGCGCUUGCGAAGAAGAUGGAUGAGUUCCUGCAGAACAUCCUCAAGGACACCAACGCGCUGAAGAAGAUCUCCGACGCUGAGGCGAAGGAGCCCGGCAAGGCGCCGAUGGUCAAGACCAUCCUCGAGACGUACAAGCAAUCCGGAGUCGAGCAGUCGAAGUGGCUCAAGGACCUGGGUCAGAACAUCAUGGACCACAACUCGAACCAACACAAGCUCACGCAAGACGCGGCCAAGCAGUGGGCGCGCGAGCAGGUUGGCUUCAACCUUGCUGGAUACCUCGACGACUUCUGCAAGUCAAUCGCAGGCGAGGUCCGCUCUCUUCUCAAGGAGGUCGGAGACCUGCGCGAGCAGCGCCGCGCCAUGUACAUGGUCGCCAGAGCGGCGGUGACCUCAUGGCCGACCAAGCCGCCUGCGAAGCCGGCCGCCCCGGCAGACAAGAAACCCGAGGCAAAGAAGCCGGAGGAGAAGAAGCCCGUUGUUCCACCCGCAUGGACAAGCUACAUGGCCCCCGCGCCGUUCGCAGCCAUGGGCAUGUAUCCGCCGACCGCUCGGCCGCUUCCGCCCGCUCCUGGAGGUGCGAGCUUCCCAGCCCAUCCCCUGCCAGUGCCCCCAGGUCCGCCUGGCAUCGUCACUAUGACUCCGACUGUCAUGCCCGAGCCCAGGCCGACGGGGGGCAAGCCCUUGCCUAAGACGUAA